CGCACCUUCCCCUGUCUCUGGUAUUGUCCAUUGUGACCUCAGGCCUUGUGGCUGCCCUAAUCUUGGCUUUCUCAGGGAUCAUGAUUGUGUACCGCAGGAAGCAUCAGGAGCUCCAGGCCAUACAGAUGGAACUACAGAGCCCAGACUACAAACUCAGCAAAGUGAGAACAUCCACCAUCAUGACGGACUACAACCCCAACUACUGCUUUGCCGGCAAGAUCACCUCCAUCGGAGACCUGAAAGAGGUGCCCAGGAAACACAUCUCCCUCAUCAGAGGUCUGGGUCACGGGGCGUUCGGUGAAGUCUAUGAAGGACAAGUGCUGUGCAGUCCCAACGAUCCGGUUCCCCUGAAGGUCGCGGUGAAGACUCUGCCGGAGGUGUGUUCAGAGCAAGAUGAGCUGGAUUUCCUGAUGGAGGCGCUCAUCAUCAGUAAAUUCAACCACCAGAACAUUGUGCGUUGUAUUGGCGUCAGUCUACAGGCUCUGCCGAGAUUCAUUCUCCUGGAACUGAUGGCUGGAGGAGAUCUGAAGUCCUUCCUGCGACAGACACGACCCAGAUUGAACCAGCCUUCCUCCCUCAGUAUGCUGGACCUGCUCAACGUGGCCCGUGACAUCGCCAAGGGCUGCCAGUACCUGGAGGAGAACCACUUCAUUCACAGGGACAUCGCUGCAAGGAACUGUCUGCUGACAUGCCAGGGUCCCGGCAGAAUCGCAAAGAUCGGCGACUUCGGAAUGGCCCGCGACAUCUACAGGGCCAGUUACUACAGGAAAGGAGGGUGCGCCAUGCUGCCAGUGAAGUGGAUGCCCCCCGAGGCCUUCAUGGAAGGAAUAUUCACAUCCAAGACUGACACAUGGUCUUUCGGGGUUCUGCUGUGGGAGAUCUUCUCAUUGGGAUACAUGCCGUACCCCAGUAAGAGCAACCAGGAGGUGCUGGAGUUCGUCACUAGCGGAGGAAGGAUGGAUCCACCCAAGAACUGCCCGGGCCCCGUCUACCGAAUCAUGACCCAGUGCUGGCAGCACCAACCUGAAGACCGCCCUCCGUUCUCCAUGGUCCUGGAGAGAAUCGAAUACUGCACACAGGUACUCAUCAUGGCCAUUCAUAUGGAGUUGCCCCCCCCCCUCCCCCAUGUCAUUAAUAUGCAGUUGCCCCCCCCCAUGGUCAUUAAUAUGGAGUUGCCCCCCCCUCCCCCAUGGUCAUUAAUAUGCAGUUGCCCCCCCCAUGGUCAUUAA